CUAUAUAACACAAAACAACUUACUCUUAAGCUAUAGCUCAUUCUUGUUUGCUUAUAUUCAAAAACAUAAAUACAUUGGAGGCAUUUUCAAUUUUGACCUAUUCAUAUUACGCCAUUCUAGUAAAAUUCAUCAACGAAUUGAUAUCAGUAUAUAUCCUGGAUUUCUUCAAGUUUGUUGCUUCAACAUUUUCAGUUCCGAAUGGAAAUCGUCUUAAAAUAUUACUUUUCUAUUUUAUUUCUUAUCACUAUAUUUAUGAAUAACAUCAUUCUAACAUCAAAUUCCCUACUAAACUGCUUACGUACGACGGACUGUGAAUUUUGCUCUCUUGGACAACACUGUCAUAUGUAUGAUAGAUGCUGCUGUAAUGAAAAUCAACAGAAAACUGAUGAGUCCAAAUAUUUCGAUCCAUCAAUAUAUUAUAGUUGCAGCCUUGUUCAGAACGAAGCAUAUUAUAUCUUUGAUCGCUGUCCAUCAAAUCACAGUGAUACAAGUCAUAUAACCGGAUGUGAAUAUCUUAAAAACAACGAUAGCCCGGACAAUACUCCUGUGUUCGGUGAAACAACUAAAAGACUUUAUAGGAACCGACAUUGCGGUCUGUGCCACUCGGAAAAAUAUAUAUUAUGGGAGACAGUUUAUGACUGCAAAAAUACAGUAAAUAUAAACCCUGCCAAUAUAAUGAAUAUGAUUGAAAAUGGUAAAUGUGACAAACGGUACGCUCCUCCUGAUAAUUUAAAGCCGUAUCUGGUUCCUUGCAUUCCAAGUGUUCCUAAAUGCUCGCCUCAUAUAUUAAAUGAAACAUUAGAACAUCACUGUCUAAAUUUAGCAAGUAAGAACCAUAGAGGAAAGGACCAAUGUAUAUUAGCUAAUAGCUAUACUAAUGAAGGCAUUAUAUGUUGCAAUAAUACUGACAACAAAAAAUUUGAUUUUUCAAGUUUGCCUUCCUUAACUAUCAUUUUUUAUUAUAAUGCCAAAUAUUUAAUCAUUAAAGAACUGAAAGGCGGUACUGUAAUUGAAAAGAAAUUGCCAUUUUGUCCAAAAUACACCAAUUACGAUAAAAACACAAUGCGUUGUCGCGCGGAUUUUUAUCACCCUAUCUUAAAUUGUACAGCGACGAGAUUAAAGGACUCCGAAUAUCAUAUCACUGGUGAUGGUCUUCUCUAUUUAAAUACUACCCAACGUUGGCUCAAUCAAUCAGAAUUCAGUAUUGAUGAAGAUGGUUUAAGUAUCUGUGUAAAGAAUGAUAACAAUGAAAUAUCAAAAUAUUCCGAAAUUGAGAGCUAUAUCACAUUAGUGGGACUAGCAAUCUCUGUUCCUGCUCUAGCAGUUACUAUUCUAGUUUAUCUCUGUAUACCUGAUCUCCGUACCUUACCAGGUAAAUUACUCAUUAGUCUUUCAUCAGCACUGUUUGUCGCUGAUCUUCUCUUACUUAUCUCACCACAAUUCACUACAUCUACAGUGCUGUGUAAGUCUUUAGCUGUUGCAAUGCAUUAUUCCUUUCUAGCGACUUUCUUUUGGAUGAACGUCAUGUCAUUUGAUGCCUGGCACACUUUCUCAAGACUUACACAACUCCGGAGUUCAGAAAAGGAUACUAAAAGACUUGUAUUAUAUUCCUUAUAUGCUUGGAUCUGUCCACUUGUAAUAGUAUCAGUGUCACUGAUAUUUGAGUACACACCUGGAAAUCAUGGACUUUCUCCAGAAUAUGGAAUUGGUAUUUGCUGGAUUACAAACGUGAACAGUUUGCUUUGGUUCUUGGCAAUCCCUGUUAUCAUUAUAUUAUGCCUCAAUAUUAUAGCGUAUAGCAUCACUAUUAGAGAAUUAUAUUUGGCCUACAAACUUUCUUCAAAAUAUUUAUCAAAGCAAAACAAAAAGGUGUUCUUUAUUUACAUAAAAUUAUGCUUCAUCAUGGGUUUAACAUGGAUGUUCGCAUUCCUUUAUACGUUUACGAAGAUUGACGAAUUUUCUCUACUAUUUUGCAUUUUAAACUCUUUCGUCGGUUUAUUCAUUUCUUUGUCGUUUCUCUUAACAAGGAUCGUCUGCCGCAGUUUUCUACGUAUGUUUCUUAAAAUGCGAAAAUAUGUCGAAUCCUCAAACGCUGAUGUUUCGACGAUUACUGAAACAAACUCGACCAAUAUUCAAAAUGAAACGUCACUAAAAUAAUUGAAACUUCUCCAGAAAUAUUCUAGACAACAGACAUUCUACCACAGUACACAACCUAUUGUAAUGCUACAUUCUAUAAACUACACUGUAAAAGUCUCUAACACCACUUACUGCAUUCUAUCUCAGACUAAUUUAUGUUUAUGAUAACCUUAUAAGCGUUAAGUAUUAUAAUUAGAAUGCAGAUUUUGAUGACGUUCUUGAUAUCCUUCAACGAGCUUUCGUAUUAGAAACUGAAACAGAGUUUCCUCUCACUACACACUUUCACCAAUCUCAGAUUGUCACCCUCUCCAGCAAGCUUUUUCAGAAUGUAUCUAUUGCCAACGAUUUUUAAAUCGACUUCAGUACUUUUGUUUUCUCAUGGGGAUUAAUAACAUUUCAACAAUUAGAUAAUGUUGAAUAUCUAUAAGUUUUCAAAUAUUUUUCAUAUUCUGGAUAAAUACAUCUUCGAUCACUUUCAUCAUAGAUCUCGUUCAGAAAAAUUCACCUACGUGGCUGACAUGUACAUUCUCAAGCAUUCGCUUGUUGGCUUGAAACCAUUCUUUUCACAUCACAUGUAAUAUUUAUAUCAGAAUCCAAUGAGACUAAAUGUCGUCUGCAUCGUUAAGAAUUUUUGUUAUCUCGGAAAUAUGACAGAACAAGUACAGUGAACUUGCCGUACAUAAUGGAAUGUCCAAUAUUCUUGUAUGAGUCCUCAAGGUAAAUUUGAACUGAAAUGAAAUAAAAGACAGCAGAACUUUACAUUCUCCGGAGUCAACUGUCUCGUUGUUAUCAAACUACAAUGUUUGCAGGACAAAUUUCGAAUAUGCUGUGAACAUUACAUGUAAUAAAUAUAGCAAAAUCUAAGGAGGGCGAUGAUAAUGUGUAUUGACAAGAUUUUUCUUGUUUGGAAUAUGAGAAUGAGAAUGGUAAAAUAGCCGUUGCGUGAUGAAUAUCCAACUUUUCUGUAAACAUUCUGCUUAAAAUAAAUUUGACAGGAGGAAAGUAAAAGAAAAACAAUAGGGUUUUACAUCAUCUAUUUUAAGAAACUGGUUUCAUUUGGGGACGAACUAACUUAAAAUAUCUUCUAUCUUGUAUUGACCCAUGAUUUUUCAAACUAUAACUAAACUAAAUCUAUUUCAAACGUUCCCAUUGUGCAUCUGUUACGUUUAGAUGCGUGAUAAAUUGCGUGAUGGGAAUUUGUACAAUUCAUGACUGCUUCUAUAUCGUGAGAUAUCAUAUUCCAUUCGUUAAUUACUACUACUCUAAAUAAUUAUAUGUAUUAUGCCUCAAUAUCAU